AGCCGAAGCCGCGUUGAGUCUUAUUGUGUCCAUUGGUCCCUGCUUCCCAACAGACCUGAGUGAGAGAGAGCGAAGGCUGAAGAAAACAGGACGACAACAAGGAAGACACUGAGGGAGAGAAGAGAGGAGCAAGAGAGGGUUUUGCCCCGGUUUCUGGUGGCACCCCGUGGACAAGGAAUCGCAUCCUCCACGCGACCGUGCCGGAGCUCCGGCGAUCCCCCGCCGCUCCGCCGCCGCCGCCGCCUCCGCCUCCGCCUCCGCCUCCGCCGCCGCCGCCGCCGCCGCUCGUCGCCCGCCCGCCCGCCCGCCCGCUGCUCCUCCUCGUCCGCGCGCGAGCCGUUUGCCCCGUUCUUCCCGUCCGCUGGCGCUGGCCCUCGGCCCGAUCCCGUUUCGAGGAGGCCGGGGUUUGUCUCCCGAGCUCUCCCGUUCCGGGGAGCUAGCUAUCCGCGAGCCGGGUUGCGAUUCGGAUCUCAUGAUCUGGUGAGUCCCCCGCCGACCUCAGUUUUCGAUUUGAGUCCGUUGUCUGCACCGGCGCCGUCGCGAGCCGCGGAGGCGGUCCGGUGGAAUGUCGGGGCACCGCGGCGAGAUCGUGCUCGAGUUAAUCCCGCGGCGCUAUUAGGGCGAGAUGGUUAGCAAAUCUGAAUCCGAGCUCCCGCCGCCGUGUCUAUUGACUGCUGGUUUUCCUAAUUCAUCUUCUUCCCUUUCUGUAUGGGGUCUGGCAAGAUGGCGCGCCACAUGUAGCCAAUUAGCAUCGAGCAGCCUCUGUGAUCUCUCUCCGCUGGCAUGUCUUUUGCCUCGAUUGUGGUUUCAGUGGUUGCCGAUGGGAUCUGAUAAAGGAUUUACCGAUUGAUGAUACUCACGUCGGGUUCAGUGCAUCCAUUCGUCCCCGGCGUUGCAGUCUGGUGCGAUCUUGGGAGGGAAUUGCUCUUCAGCCGCCCGCCACUGUUGCUGGCUGCGAAGCUCAGGCUCUCCCUCUCCAUUUCAUGUCUCGUGAGUUGGACAGCCCUGUCCAGACUCAGAUGGCUGUGGCUUUUUUCAAGAGCCCACUUAGCAGGGAGUACCAUGGGACUAACAGAAAUGAGGGGAAGCAACCUACUGGGAGGAGACGGGUUUUCGUGCAGACCGAAACCGGCUGUGUGCUGGGUAUGGAGCUGGAUCGCAGUGACAAUGCCCACACUGUGAAAAGGCGGUUGCAGAUCGCUCUUAAUUUCCCUAUAGAGCAGAGCUGUUUGUCUUUCGGGGACAAGGUACUGAAAAAUGAUCUCAGUGCUGUCCUAAAUGAUUCGCCACUUCUCCUUACAAGGAAUUUUCUUCAUAGGAGCUCAUCGACACCUUGUCUUUCACCAACUGGGAGGGAUAUCCAGCAUAGAGAUAAGAGUGGUCCGAUAGAAAUACUUGGCCGGUCAGAUCGAUUUGAUGAUAGAUUCAAGCAAUUGGUGGAGGACAUCGUGAAGGGGAUUAACAUGGGAGUUGAUCCACUCCCCGCUCACGGUGGUCUUGGGGGUGCGUACUACUUCCGAAAUAGUAGAGGUGAUUCUGUUGCUAUUAUAAAGCCGACUGAUGAAGAACCAUUUGCCCCCAAUAAUCCUAAAGGAUUUGUUGGCAAAGCUCUAGGACAACCGGGCUUAAAAAGAUCUGUGCGAGUUGGAGAAACAGGGAUCAGAGAGGUUGCAGCUUAUCUUCUAGACUCUGGACUUCCUGCUGAUGUGCCUCCAACUGCUCUGGUGAAGAUCACUCACCAUAUCUUCAAUAUUAAUGAUGGAGUGAAUCCUGACAAGCCAAAUAAAAAGAAGAAGGUUAGCAAGAUCGCAUCUCUUCAGCAGUUCAUACCACAUGAUUUUGAUGCCAGUGAUCAUGGGACCUCAAGCUUUCCUGUUUCUGCUGUGCAUCGAAUUGGAAUAUUAGACAUUAGAAUUUUUAACACGGACAGGCAUGCUGGAAACCUUUUAGUAAGUAAACUUGACAGCAUGGGAAGUUUUGGUCAGGUGAAACUAAUUCCUAUCGAUCAUGGCCUUUGCUUGCCAGAAACUUUGGAGGACCCAUACUUCGAGUGGAUUCACUGGCCUCAGGCUUCAAUUCCUUUUUCCGAGGAUGAAUUGGAGUACAUAGAAAAGCUGGACUAUAAAGAUGAUUGUAAAAUGCUGCAGAAGGAGCUUCCCAUGAUCCGAGAAGCUUGUCUUCGCGUGCUGACCCUCUGCACCAUUUUCCUGAAGAGAGCUGCUGCAUAUGGCCUCUGUCUUGCUGAAAUUGGUGAAAUGAUGAGCAGGGAAUUUCGCAGUGGUGAGGAAGAACCAAGUGAACUGGAGGUCGUGUGCAUUGAGGCGAGAAGGUCUAUAGCUGAGAGGGAUCUUUUGUCCCCCAAGCCAGACGUGGGAGAGGAUGAGUUUCUAUUUGAUAUUGACUGUGAGGAUAGUGAGUCAGGCGUGGAUGAUUAUAUGCAUAGAGAACGUUUUGAUUUUGGAAUAGGUAGUAAUGGCUGGAAUCCUCUGUCUAGACUGGAGGAGGCAAGCGAGGAGGAAGAAGAGAGUGAAUGUGAAGAAGAGAAGAAGAGGGAGGAUGUUGCUGGGGUUGAGGCAUUUGAGAGGCUUCCCCCAGUGUCAAAACUUUCCAUGUCCUUGAAAAACACAGUCUUGGGUAAGAAGAGUCGAAAGCAACCUAAAUAUUCUGGUAGGAUGCAGGAAAAUGGCUUCAUGGCUAAUUCGUCAUCUGGGCACAGAAGUGCAAAUGAGCAGCUUCCUCCAAGUGUAAGCUUUGUGAAUCUCGCUGACAUGAGUGAGGAUGAAUGGCUUCUGUUUCUGGAGAAGUUCCAGGAGCUGCUGGAUCCUGCAUUUGAGAACAGGAAGUCUGCUACCUUAGGCCAUAGGCAGAGGCUGAGGCUUGGGACUUCUUGCCAGUUUUGAGACUUAUAAGUUAGUGAUAUGCAGAUAAUAUUUUCCAGGAAGUGGGUUUGCGGAAGUGGAGUGUUGUUAGUAGGACUUGUAUAUUUUGCCAUCGGCUAAAUGGCAAGCUGGGUAGAAUCGUUGUAUUUUUUUUCCCCUUUUUUUCUUUCUUACAUUAGUUUUCUUGCUUUUAACUCUCACUCAUGGACUUUGUUGGAUAAAUAAUUUGUGGAAUGAAAUUAAGAAAAAGAUGAUAUGUAAAUCUAAUGGGCGUGUCUCUAUUA